AAAGUAGCUAAUAUGCUCAGCCGUCCUGCUAUAGGGAACGGCGAGGGCGGUUCAUCUUAACCUACACCCUCAAAAGUUUUUUUUUUUCCAAUCUCUUCCUUUCCCACCUUAUUGAUUUUUAAUGGAAUCCAUGUCAGAGAAUGAAUGGCUGGCAAGCCCAAAUCGGUCUUCUUAUGUUGCGGUUUGUCUGUAAGUACUCUCUCAACUCUCAAAUCCUCAAUGCUCAGUCCUCAGUCCUCAGUCCUCAGUCCUCAGUCCUUACUUUGUUUCCCCUCUCCUUCACCUCAUUCCCAUUUCCUCGGAGGUUCCUCUGCAACUUGAUUUCUUGACCCAAGUCGCUAUUCCUUACUCUUCUUCCUUCAUUGUUUCUUAUUUGGUUUCUUUUGACUAUUAAUUUCUCUUGCUUGGUUCUUGCUCUCUCUGCUGGCGAAAUUGUGAAGGGUUAUGAAUGGGUUGGUGAGAUAAGUAGUGAUAGAGCUUGAUUUACGGUGGAGAGAUGAUGAGAAGGGGAGAAAGGGGGAAAGAAGAAAGAUUAGAAGAAGAGACAGGAAAAGGUUAUGUGGACAGGGAUUUGAAGACACCUUCGUGGGAUUUAGUGGAAUUGGAGAGGGAAGCCAUGGCCCCACUAGUUGGGUCUGGUAACUUAGGGGGCCAGAAGUCUAAAGGGGAUUGCUUAGUUGAUUUGAAGCUUGGAAGGUUGGGUGAUUUCGGGGAUGGGUUUUUGGACAAGUUGAAGGACCAGAGGAUCUCGACAAUGGUGUCAUCAUCAUCAUCAAGUUCUUCCAAGAGGGCUCGGGCGCCUAGUAAUGCAACCCAGACGGCGUCUUGUUUGGUUGAUGGGUGCAAGUCCGACCUUAGCAACUGCAGAGAUUAUCAUAGGCGCCAUAAAGUUUGCGAGGUCCACUCUAAGACACCGAUGGUGAUGGUAGGAGGCCAGGCACAGCGCUUCUGUCAGCAGUGCAGCAGGUUCCAUUUGUUAGCGGAAUUUGAUGAGGUGAAGAGAAGUUGUAGGAAACGUCUUGAUGGGCACAACCGGCGACGAAGAAAGCCUCAGCCGGAAUCCCUGUCUGGGAAUUCGGGAAGCUUGUUGUCCAAUCACCAAGGUUAUUGCCAUUUACCUACUCCUCAAAUAUUUCCCACAAAUUCUGUGGUGAGUGCAGCAUGGACUGGGGUGGUCAAAACUGAGGAAGAUGGUACAAUUUUUAACCACCACUUCAUCAACAGACAAAAUCUGUUUGCCGAGUCCUUCUCUCACAACUACAAAGGAGCAGGGAAGCAAUUCCCCUUCAUGCAAAGUACUGCCACCACACUAGCAAAUCAAACGGCCCCAGAUGCUUCUGUCUGCCGGCCAACUCUUAGUACCAUUGCCUCGUCACAGAGUGAGGGUGUUAGGAAAAUGUUCUCUGAUGGGUUAAGUAGAGUCCAUGACUCAGAUUGUGCUCUCUCUCUUCUGUCAACGCAGUCUACACAAACUUCAGGGGUCAGUCUGAAUCACAUGGUGCAGCCGGAAUCCAUCCCUAUGGCUCGACCGCUAGUUCCACAUCUGCAGUACCGUGGUCUAGGUCGGUAUUCCUCAGGGGUAAUGGAGGAUGAACAGAUGGGUUCAGUAAUGGUUACUGACACCAGUGAUGCUGACCUCCAUUGUCAGUGUAUCUUUCAUGUGGGAUCUGAUGGGCCAUCCCAAAAUGUGGAACAGCAGACACUUCCUUUUGCUUGGGAGUAAGCUGAACUCCGGCAGUUGUCCAAAUUUAUGAUAUGGUUCAAGUAUUCUAUGAAGUUAAAAUAAUUCUUUUUUCCUUUCAAUUGUUAGGUGUUCAAGAUGAUUCUGCCAUAAUAUGUACACACAUUGUCUUCCAGAUGGAUUUUAGCAUAAUGCCUAGUUACUUGUUUAUGUGAAUGAGGGGACCUGUUCAACCUUAAUUUUAGAAGAUUGGUGUAAUCCAAAGGGUUCAAUUUGAGUUCAUCUUUUGUUUUGUUUUCA